GGCUGGACGCACCUGCAGGAGCUUGUCGCCUGGGGAGGGGGUCGCGCGUCUCUCUCGUUCUCUUCAAGGCUGGAGCUGCCGAGUUUCUCUUUGCUAUUUACGACACUCCCACUUUGCGGCUGGGUUGUUCUGUUUCCUCACCGUCUUGUCUGCUCAAGAAUUCCCUCCAAAGCCUUUUAUUUCACUUCCAGUCUCCUCAGAGUCCUUACCCAAGGAGCCCUUUAACAUUCCUGGGCGCUUUUCUUAUUCUCUUUCGCCUCUUCCCCACCCCAUCCCCGUUUACUUCAUCCUAUUACUUCAAAUUAUCUGUAGUCACCAGGUGAUAAUUUCUUCCACGAGCGCCUCUUCUUCACACAACUUCGCUCCCCGCCCCAGAACCGGGGUUCUUAGCAGCUGUCAUGGCUCUGAUGGCUGGCAUGAUCCGACGGCUGGAUGAGACCGUAGUGAACCGCAUCGCAGCUGGAGAAGUCAUCCAGAGACCCGCCAAUGCCAUUAAGGAGAUGAUGGAGAACUGUUUGGAUGCCAAAGCUACCAGCAUCCAGGUGACAGUUAAGGAUGGUGGCCUGAAACUAAUUCAGAUCCAAGAUAAUGGCUGUGGAAUUAGGAAGGAAGACUUGGAUAUUGUAUGUGAGAGAUUCACUACAAGUAAACUGCAGACUUUUGAAGAUCUAGCUAGCAUUUCGACAUAUGGGUUUAGAGGCGAGGCACUGGCCAGUAUAAGUCAUGUUGCUCAUGUUACUAUAACAUCUAAAACAGCUGAUGGAAAGUGUGCUUAUAGGGCAAGCUAUUCUGAUGGAAAAUUGAAGGCUGCUCCCAAACCUUGUGCUGGAAACCAGGGAACUCAGAUCACAGUUGAGGAUCUCUUUUACAAUGUUGCCACUAGAAGAAAAGCUUUAAAAAACCCUAGUGAAGAAUAUGCAAAAAUAUUGGAAGUUGUUGGCAGGUAUUCCAUUCACAACUCAGGCACUAGUUUUUCAGUUAAAAAGCAAGGUGAUACAGUAGCAGAUGUCAGAACACUGUUGAAUGCUACAACUGUCGACAAUAUUCGGUCCAUCUUUGGAAAUGCUGUUAGCAGAGAAUUGAUUGAAGUGAGCUGUGAAGACGCAACACUUGCUUUUAAAAUGAAGGGUUAUGUAACCAAUGCAAACUAUUCAGUGAAGAAAUGCACCUUUUUGCUUUUUAUUAAUCAUCGACUGGUUGAGUCAAGUGCUUUGCGAAAAGCAAUAGAAACUGUAUAUGCUGCGUACUUACCUAAAAACACACAUCCAUUUUUAUACAUAAGCCUUGAAAUAGCUCCUCAGAAUGUAGAUGUGAAUGUGCAUCCCACGAAGCAUGAAGUUCAUUUCCUUCACGAAGACAGCAUCUUGGAGCGUGUACAGCAACACAUAGAGAGCAAAUUGUUGGGCUCAAACUCAUCAAGGAUGUAUUUUACUCAGACAUUGCUACCAGGUGUUACUGCCUCUUCCACUGAUGUUGUUAAAUCAGCAAGUUCUUCAUCUAGUCAAGGGGGAGACAAAGUUUAUGCCCAUCAGAUGGUCCGUACUGAUUCCCGGGAUCAGAAACUGGACGCUUUUCUUCAGCCACUUAAUAAAUCCAGAACUUCUGGACCUCCUGAAGAGGCACCAGAGGACAAAAACAAGGAACAGAGUUGCAAGGGGACUGGACUACAAGAUGUUGAGAUGGAAGAAUGCAAUGAUUUGAAUUUAGGAGUGGAAGCUGUGGAAGCAGCAGAAAAGUUGGUGGAAAGCCAACCUAUGUCUCUUGAAAAUAUACCUGCCAGAAAGAGACAGCGAACAGAUUGUGAUGUGGAAAUUAAAGAACAUGCAAGACAGGAAAUGACUGCUGCCUGCACUCCAAAAAGGAGAAUUAUUAACCUAACCAGUGUAUUGACCCUUCAAGAGGAAAUUAGUAACCAGGCACAUGAAAGUCUUCAGGAGAUGCUACGUGAUCAUUCCUUUGUUGGAUGUGUUAGUCCUCAGUGGGCAUUGGUGCAAUACCAGACAAAACUAUAUCUUCUCAAUACUACAAAACUCAGUCAAGAAAUGUUCUACCAGAUACUUGUUUAUGACUUUGGAAACUUUGGAGUUUUAAGAUUGUCAGAACCGGCUCCUCUCUAUGAUCUAGCCAUGCUAGCCUUGGAGAAUGCUGAAAGCGGUUGGACAGAAGAAGAUGGUCCAAAGGAAGGCCUUGCUGAAUAUAUUGUUGAUUUUCUAACAAAGAAGAGUGAAAUGCUAAAAGACUAUUUCUCCCUUGAAAUUGAUGAAGUGGGAAAUCUUACAGGGCUACCACUUCUGAUCGAUAAUUAUGUCCCACCAUUAGAAGGGUUACCUAUGUUCGUCCUUCGUUUGGCCACAGAGAUAAACUGGGACGAAGAAAAGGAAUGUUUUGAAAGUCUUAGUAAAGAAUGUGCCAUGUUCUACUCCAUUAGAAAACAGUAUAUAAUGGAAGAGUCUGAUCUUACUGCACAGCAGGCUGAAGACUCUGGAGCAGGUACAAGAACAUGGAAAUGGACAGUGGAACAUGUACUUUACAAAGCUUUUAGGACAUAUCUUUUGCCUCCUAAAAAUUUCACAGAAGAUGGCAACAUUUUGCAGCUUGCUAAUCUACCAGACUUGUACAAAGUCUUUGAGCGGUGCUGAACAGAGAUGUAUGAAUUAAGGUCCAUAGCUAUUAACAGCUUGCUUCUACUGUCAUUACUGAAAACUCAGUGCACCACUGAAAACUAGAGCUGUGAUCCGCUUCUCUUCGGGUCGGAGAAGCAACAGCGAACUGGGGUGAUCUGCCUCCGCUACAGGUGGAGGAGAAGCGGAUUGGGGGGGCUGGAGAAGCAUGGCGAAGAGAAGCGACCAUAAGCGGAUUGCUCCUCUUUUCGCGGAGCACUCCGCCCGCCAUUUUGGAUAAUUUCCCCCUUUGGAUUGCAUUGUGGAAAAGAUUAGUGGAUAAGUUUCUUGUUUUUCAAGCUACCUAUUUGAAACGCGCUGUGCUUAGAGAGUCAUGGAUGGGGGUCAUUUUGUGCCUGUUUUCAGCACUUUGCAUGCUGCCGUUUGCUUGCUAUGUUUUUUUUAAAAAGAGGGUUAAAAAAGCGGGAGAGGUACCUUUUUUUGAAGUGCUAAGAGGCAGAUUCAACUCCCAGUCAUGAUCACCUGACGAAG